GGAAGUUCUGAUUUGAUUCUGAUCCUCGGCUGCAUGACCUAAAACUUCUUGUACUUGAGCUUUUCCACUAUGUCUUUGUAUUCUAGUUCUUUAUGGAGAACUGAUACCAUCGUUAUUUCUAAAUUAAAUAAGCCCCCCAUCUGUGUAAGCCCCCUUUUAAAUGGGCUUGAAAUAAACAAGCCCCCCCAGGGAAGGGGGGGGGGGGUCUUAAUAAAGGUUUUACGGUAAAUAUUUUUCUCACUUUAUGUUGUGAAAAGCAUUCCUUUCCCUUCAUGUUUGAGUACCCUGGGAGAGUUCUCUUACAACUGUAUCAGUUAAAUCCCCCCCCCCACGAGCCACCCCAAUUCAAAGUUUUAGUAUCUCAUUGUUCACUUGCCUUCCAGGUACACAAGCAAGUAUUAUUAUUAUACUAACAGAUGGAAGAGUAGAUGACAUGAGAAGAGCAACAUCUGAGGUAAGUCUGCUCCGGGUGAAGGUGUUAAAAAUAUUAAUACCCUAGGUACUUAGUUAAGUAAAACUGUGGUUCCAGAAAACAUUUCUAGUUCAACUAUAGAAGAUAAGAGUAUUUUCUGCCCUCCCCCUCCUUUUCCAAACAUACACACAUACCCUUUUAGAAAUUCCAAUUAAGGUACAGACGUUUGUUUUAACUUUUUCAUCUUCCUGUCCCUGAUCUUGUCCACAAGAAAUGUCCAACCCUAUCUGUGGUAGUGUGUGGGGUGGAGCAUGGGGUAUGAAGAAUUCUGGAAAAUAAUACACAGUAGAGCAAGCAAACUUUUCUACAUUGUAUUUUAGGAACCUGCUCAGUAACUGCAAGGUCAAAUUUUUUAUUACAUGUAUGAUAAUUAAUUUUUAAAAUGAUACUGUCAAGGAAAUAUGUCGUGGUUCAAUUUUAUUCUUGGUUUAAGUUUUAGUUUGUUUUCUUUAAAAAUCAUUAUCUUGUAUUAUCAUACCAAAAAAAUAAGAAAAAAUUUAAACUAAGGAUAAAAUUGAACCACAACAAAUAUUAUUUAAGGCCAUCAUACAACUGCCAUUGUUGUGUGGGCCUUCAAUUUACCUUUGUUUUUAUUGUAUUUUUUUAUUGUGCAUUUUAACAGACCAAGAAGGCAAGGCAAGCUGGAGCAGAAGUUUAUGCUAUUGGAGUUGCAGCAUAUGUUAGGGAUGAUGUAUGUCAAUACAAAAUAAGAGGCUAAUUUGAGACAACAGGAAAAGAGAGCUUAAAAAUCCUUGUAGCUUUUAAGUUGCCAUGCUAUAUUAAUUUCACGUACCCAACAACUUGGUAUGGAAUUUUUUCAGCUUCUCUUACUAAAACUGCAUUAUAAUUUAUUCUUCCAACCACUUGACGAAAGUUAACUUUCUUUUCAUUUAACAGCUUAUUCGAUUAGCCAACAAACCAUCAGAAUACUUUGUUUUCACUGAGCCAAACUACAAUCUUUUGAAGAACCUUACAGAUGAAGUAAGUAAUUUAAGACAAAAUGAGUUAUUCAUUAUUUUAGUGCAUCUCUCAAGAGGUUUACAGUUUCAUCAAAGUCCAUUGAACUUAUUGCAUGAAUUUAAAGCAGUCUAAAAUCACAUAUAGCUUAUUCAAUAAAGGUUGCUUUGGGCAUUGAGAAUUGCGUACUGGGAAGCUACUGUUUAGUGGUAACUCAAGCAAAUCAUUACAGUGGAUUUUAUAUGCCCAAAUGCCUUAAAUGACCCAGUGUCUAAAUGCCAAUUCCCGAUACCCAAAGCAACUUUUAUUGAGUACAGUAAUUGAACCUCCUGUAAACAAUCACCCAAAAUGCAAAGACUUAGUGGUUGCUUAUGGGAGGUGGUCACUUACAAGAAUCAAACCACAGGCGGGCAUCUUCUGGGAAGAGGUCUGGGCACAUCUACUCUAUGGAAGACAAUUUAUUGCAUGCAAGUUAUGCAAUGUGUAGUUCCAUGUUGUUACUAAAGUUCUUUGCAUAUUUUAAGUAGCAUACUGAACACAUUGAACAAAGAGAUCAGAGAAUGUGUCAAAGUGGUCGCAUACGUGUACGAGAGGUUAAAAACAGUGGAAAAUCAUUAAACUUUCAGGCCCAAAAAGUGGUUGUGGUCGCUCACAGGAGGUGAUCAUUUACUAGAGGUUACAACUGUAAAGUUUUGACUGGAAAAGUUUUGGUGUUUUGGAUAUAGGGAGUUACGUAUGGGAGGUGGCUGUUUACAAAAGGUGGGCGUAUAUGAAGGUUCGACAGUAAUUACAAGCUAUAAAUUGGCAAUACAGGCAAAGCUGCCUUCAAGAAACAGCUUUUGGUAGAGCGCCCCUUUGGGAGGUAAGGGGGAUUCCCUAUAAUGGCCUUUAUGGGAGGGGUGGGGAGACUCUGCCUGUUAGUGGUGCGUUUUUUCAGGUUUCAGUUACAAUGUGUAUGAAAAGGGUAUGAAGAUCUGUCAUUUUGGUCUGUUAAGGUCUUUAAAAGGGCUAACUGACGCAUUUUAUGGCUGGUAAAAAGAUGAGAAAACGCUCUGGUUUUGUUAUCUAUUCAUAUUUAAAGGGCAGUGCAUUUUUAGCAGUUAAAAGGAUGCAAAUCCCUUAACUGGGUAUGUGGAAGGGGUAUUAUAAAUUUGUCAAUGGACGGUAUAAAGGGGUACGUUUUCUGUCAAAAAUAGCUUUCAAAAGGGUAAGUGGUUGGACCUCGGGGCGGGGCCUCCCCGUAUAAAACAGUGUUGAGUAACCCCACCGGGAGAGUACCAUCCUGCAGCCUUUUUUUUUAAUUUCUGUCCGUUCUUUCUUAUUUGCAGAUUUCUACUAAGUCUUGUGUGGAGCUGACUUCAGUGGAUCCCCAGCAAGCUUGUUUAGGAGGUAAUGCGUUAUUCUGCAGCUAUUGUUAUGGGUCAUUUGUAUUAAAAGUAAUGUUGAUGUACGUUAGUUUGUCAUGUACCUUAGUGACUUCAAGUUUCUUUUCUUUCUUGUACACUGUAGAAAAUUCCACGGUGACUUUGUACGGGCGUGGAUUUGUAAAGUUCAAUGUAGCUGUUUGGUGUGGCUUCAGUUACAAUAAUACUUACCGUCUAGGUAAGUAAUUGGCCAAAAUAAAAAUAAAUACUUAUUUACGGCAUUUAUAGAGUUUCACCGGGUAUUUUAUCACACAGCUUAUUACAAACCUUGAAAUAAAUUGCUGUACUAUGAACACGUUGACUUGAUUUAGUAUAGAAAAUUCCAAAACUCAGGGCAAAGUUACGAAUAUUUCGACCGAAUCACUUGGACUUCAUAAGCGCUGUGAAGUGACAUGCUGCGUAACAGAAAAGUAACGAAUGCCCAAGAGAGGAUUGUAAAUUUUGGUGGUAGGUCAAGGCCCUCAUAACUAUUCAGGGAGGGUUUCCUUUGUUUAAUAGCAAUUAGAAGCUUAAGCAGUAACGACGGCGACGGUUACAAAAAAGUCACUUAAAAGUAAAUGAAUCGCGCUGCUUCAAACUUUACCGCGCUUAUUCCAUCUCGUUCAAUUCGCCGAAUGAUGGCGAUUUUUUCUGGAGUUGAAUUAUAAAAGACUGUAUGAAAGUCAAGGAAAAGAAAAAGAGGUUAUCCCUUUUUACAGAUAACCCACCCAGCCCAGGAAAGGUUGGACACAGCACCGUACCCUAGCUUUUCGAAGAGUGUUGUGAGCAUAAGUGAAAGUGCUGUGAGACGGGACCUACAGUUUUUCGUCGUUAUCCGAGAAGACUAGAGAGUCUAAUCGUUUGCAGAUAAGAUUGAAAAGGCAGAAUUUUUUCUCAGUUAUUUAAAGACACUGAGUGAUGGUCUGGCCGGUGUUUGAAACCGUGACAUUCUGCUCAGCAGACCGGCGCUCUCCCAACUGAGCUAACCAGGCGGCGAUAAAGGACAUCGCUACAUUCUGGAAGAGAAUAGCCGUUUGUUCUUUUGUCGCACAGCCUUGAGAUUGUAAACACUACCUUAUAUUUCUCUUCUUUCUUAUUAAUAGCAACAAGAGCUAUCGCCAUUGGAGACCGCCAGCUUAUUUGCCCUGUUCCACCUAUGAAGGACGCAAACAGGUGGAUAUGUCUUUGAUUAACCUACGCCAUUUUUCGGGAAGUUUUAGAAGAGUUUUAUUUUACCCAACCUUUUUUCGGCGUCCCAAACAUUUGGGACUUGGGGGGUUGGGGGGUGAUAGGUGAAAGUAUUUCAAUUGCAGUAUGAGGCUACUUGUAUUCUACACAAUUCAAAACUAACAACUAAGGAUGCGUAGAAUGCUCAUUAAAAAGUAAUGAUGAACAAAAUUUCCGUGUUGUAUUUGGAGUUUCUUUCCAAGCGUUUCGGGCUUGGCUCUUCAUCAGUGGUGUUACAAGUACGUUAGAAACGUUGCAAAGUCUUCAUAUGCAAUAAAAAAUAAUAACAAGUAAACUUUGCAGUGCUUGCACGGCUCUGCAAACGUACUUGUAACUCCAGUCUCGAAACUUUUGGAAAGAAACUCGAACUACAACGCGGCUCUUUUGUUCAUCACCGCUGUUUUAUGGAACAUUCUCUUACAUACUUCCUAUUUAAGUGCUACGAAUUUUGUUUUUCGUUAUUUGUUCAGCCAAUGAUACAUCCUGUUUUAUUGCAUAUCAUUUUUUUUUUCUUUCGCCGUCAGUUCCUUGAUGUUGCAGGUUUCAUUGAAUAACGGAACAACGUUCGUUUCUAGUAACGUGAACAUUACAACUAAAAAUUGCCCAAAACCGGAAAAUAAUGGAACAACGUUCGUUUCUUGUGACGGGAACGUUACAACUAAAAAUUGCACACAACCAGUAAAGCCGAAUGAGGAAAAAGAAAAGGAAACAGAGCCGACAAAGGUAUGCUACAUUGUAGUGUUUACGUAGGAUUUGAUUUUAGGCUACUUACUGCAACUGGUGACAUGUAAUGUGUUCUGGUUAAGCUUUAGAUAUCUAGAUAGCACUUAUUGAAUUGGCUGUCUUAAUAAACCACUAAAAAAAAGAAAGAAAAAUACUCAGCGAUUUACGUUUUGCGCCUACUGUAAACUGCCGCUUGUAAGCUUCCACGUGACUUAAAACUCGCUUCCCCCCCCCCCCCAGUUAUAGGCCGAUCUAGCUGCACGCAAAAAAAAAAAAUGUUGAAACCCCAAUAUAACGAUCCUCGUUAUAACGAUAUUCCCGAUAUAACGGGCAUUAAAAGAAAAAUAAAAAAAAAAAAUAGUAAAAAAAGCUGAUCAUACCAAAACGUCUUUCAACAAAAAGUAUUAAUUAUUCAGAAACAAAGCAAAGAUAUCCAAAACAGCAAAGUCUCCCUCGCCAAAUAUCGUUCGAACAAACGACCCAUUUCUAGUGAGAUAGAGCGCGUAUCACAUCCUGGUUAGUCAAUGUCCUGUGACAUCACCAUCAGAGCUCCUCUUAAUGUUAAUAUGAUUAAGCUUUUUUAAAGCACAUUUUUUGCUCCUUUUUUUCUAGACUGAAAAGAAAACUAAUAUUGGGUUAGUCGUGGCGCUGUUGUUCUUAUUGGCAUUUUUGUUGUUGCUUGCCUUGUGGUGGUUUUGGCCGCGUAUCAGGAGGAAGGUGAGCCUGCCUGCAGUGUGUAAUUUGUGUACUAAAACUGACAGGCGUGCAGUCGUGAUAAGAGCUAAAGAAAAUUACUGAUUUUUCUCGAGAAUCUUUUCCUUAGCGAGUGAAUUUCUUUUUGUAAAAUCUUUAGAAAUAAACAUUGCUACGAAGAGUCCAGCCAAAAAGGUCUCAUUUGAAUGGUAACACAAUAGGAUUUCAUCAACAGAUUGAUUUAAAAGUUAGACUGGAAAGACUGGGAGCUACUGUGAAUUCAUAUGAAAUUAUGGUCACACCAUGGGAUUUCUAGCCUGCGAAAACAUCCGUUUCUCCUCGCUCUUCGCCGCUGGGGACGUUUCGCGCGGAGGAACGACGUUCCUCCGCGCGCAACGUCCCCAGCGGAGAAGAGCGUGGAGAAACGGAUGUUUUCGCAGGCUAUGGGAUCUCGGCCACAGAGUCAAAAGUUAGAACCAUCUUACAAGAUUCCAUCAGCCAUUCUGGAUACAAGACAGAAAUACUGAUCAAGCGUUUAAAAUCCCAGAAGCUUGGAAAGCGGUAAAAAAUAUCGUCAUCUGAAUGGUUAUUCAUGUUUUCUACUUUAGCGUUGCGUUCAAUGAGAGGGGUUGGUAUGUCCCUAAGGCUGAAUUUCAAAACCUGUCGUUUCGUGUAUUGAGGAGAAAGCCGUGUCGCUGUUGAUAUUUCACUAUUUUAUUUGAGCGCUUCUCUGUCUCUGUCGCAGUUUUAAAGCGCCGUAGCUAGUAUGAGGCCAACCGAGGCACUCGCCUCGGUAAAAUUUUGACGAAUUUCGCCGAUCAUUUUUAUUUUACAUAAGCGAUCAUCGGAUAUUUUUAACGCAUCAUGAUAUUACAAAGAAUUCACCAAUUCAGUCAAUAUACUAUGAAAUAAUUACCAUAUCAUCGAUCUCAAGGGGCUACGUACGUUAACUCAAAUUUUUUUUGAACAAAUACUGAUCAAAACCAUUGGCGAGGUUAACGGUCACCCAGAUUAUGUAGCUUGUUUCUGAUUAUUGCUUUUUAAAUUCCACUUAAGGUGGCUCCCUAGAGUAUUUACUAAUAACCCUAGCUGUCUAGCAUACGUUACAGAACGAAACCUAGUCACUUUGUCGUUACGAAUUUGUUCACGAGAUUCACCGCUAAGGUUACCCAUAUAAGAAGGUUCCUUUAUCAAGUUUCAUUUUCUGGAUUAAGACCGUUGCCAUGGCAACAUCGCAUCCUUAGCCAGGCAGUAAUUUUGUCAUUUUUGAUCAUUUUUUCUUAAUAUUUUUUAUUUUCCUCGGUGAAAUGUCUUUAAACUUUGCCACUUUAUAUUAACGAUAUUGCUUAACAUUUUAAAGUGGAAAAAACAUGGGGUCGCUAAGACGGUUUUGCCAAUAUUUUGAAAUUUGUAAUUUUUCUUAAUGGAGGAAUUUAGCUCUUACAGAUUUUAACAAAAAUAGGACAGUACAAAGGUACUGCAACUGUUAAGAAAUGAGGCGAUUUUUAAAAAAAUUUACCGAAGGAAACGCGAGAAAUUCACGGUUAAUUAACUACGUUGACGUCACAAAAAUCCGAAAAACACGCGUGGUUCGGGGUCGUAUGAGCAAAAUACGCGCGCGAGCCAUCACCCCGCAUGCGCAUAAUGCACAAAGCUACUGAAAACACGCGGUUUCUUUGAAGAGUACGAAAGCCAUUGUUUUGAAGCCGUUUAUUAGUGUUAUUACGGUGAUAUUUCGCCAGUUGAAAAAGGAGAGAUAGCGGAUUCAAUUUUGUAGCUAACACAGGAUGUUUUCUUCGAAGUACUUGACUAUUGUAGCUAAAAUUCGAACCGUGGUGGUCACUCGUGAGGAUGGCGAUCGUCGGCGAUGAAUACGGUGGUUGUGCAAGGAUCGCAAUAAGCCCUUCAUUUCCUAAUCUGCUGUACACUGUUUGCAGAUCUUCAAAUGUCAGCCCACUUCCGGAUACUUUUUCAACCUUGUUCUUCUUUAGGGAUAAUUUGGACGGCGAAGUCUUUCUUUAAAAGUCUGCUGUAAAUUAUAAAAGAUGGUGCCGAUAUCUCUAAAUCCUACAUCAUGUCCUCAGCUACAUGUACAAGACCGUAGGUCUCGGCAGACAACUGUUGCUCUCGUCAAGGGUCAAUCUGUGAGUAAAAAUUAUUUCUCGUUGUGCAAAAACAUUGUCCAUUUACUUCGACUAUUUAACGUUUGUCUACUUUUGAAGUGAAAGAAUUGAUGUCUUUGAAAAUUUCUGCUUUUAAUUUGUUUUUACAUACAAUUUACUCUUUUGGAGAUCGAUAGUGACUUGUAACCGGUGUAAUAUUGUCUCCUCUCAUAAAUGUUUGACCUACACUAAUCAAACUUUUUGCACAAUGAGCUUCAAUAGAAAGUUAAUAAAGUUUUUGGGGGAACAUUUCGAAACUGAGAGGCCAUGUUUGUUUUAAUAUUUGCGUGGACGUCGCGCAGAUUUUAAAGCUCGCGCCAUACUAGUGCUCAGGCUGCGCACGGCCAAUUUACUCUAGGGAGCCACCUUAAAUUAACUCGAAAAAAAGUUACCGAAAGGCCCAGAAAACGCUGCAAAUCGCAUUUCCGAGAGACUAAAGUUCAAGAUUUCUCGGGGGCAUGCCCCCGAACCCCCCUAGCAACUCCCGCCUGCCUCGGUUGGCCGUUUGGUCUGGCUACGGCACUGUUAACCCGUCUUUGUGUCGUUUGUUGCCAUUUUUAAUGCCCUAUGUUGCUGUUUCAAGACAAUGUCACUUGUCGAAGGAUACCCUUAUAAGGCCUCUUCAAUUGCGGACGGAUCUUUUGUGUACGCCACAAUUUUUGUGUUUUUCAGCCACCACCACGUAAUUACCAACCAGCGGCUACAACGGAAAUGAAAGCAAAACCACCCGCUCGUCCCCCGCCUCCUCCGCCUAGGCCAGUGGAGAAAACGGUUAGUUACAAGACGGUCAUAGACCGGCUGAACAAUAUUGUUCGGUCGGUAGGUUAAGUUUCAGUUUCUUGAAGAAGUCCAAGACAUCGACAUAUUUUUAUUCAAUGGAAUCGUUGUCCCAAAAAAGCGUCGCAGUUUUAAUUUAUUGUUUGUUUACCAGAAUUUGUAGACGUUUGAUUUGGGUAGAUUUUGAUUGGAAAUAUGGCUAUGGUUAUUACUAGCAUGUUGGGAAGAAAAACAACAACAACAACAACUAUUUUGAUUGGAAAUAUGGCUAUGGUUAUUACUAGCAUGUUGGGAAGAAAAACAACAACAACAACAACUAUUUUAAUUGGAAAUAUGGCUAUGGUUAUUACUAGCAUGUUGGGAAGAAAAACAACAACAACAACAACUAUUUUAAUUGGAAAUAUGGCUAUGGUUAUUACUAGCAUGUUGGGAAGAAAAACAACAACAACAACAACUAUUUUAAUUGGAAAUAUGGCUAUGGUUAUUACUAGCAUGUUGGGAAGAAAAACAACAACAACAACAACUAUUUUGAUUGGAAAUAUGGCUAUGGUUAUUACUAGCAUGUUGGGAAGAAAAACAACAACAACAAGAACUAUUUUGAUUGGAAAUAUGGCUAUGGUUAUUACUAGCAUGUUGGGAAGAAAAACAACAACAACAACAACUAACACUUUCGUGUGACGUUGCAUAUUUCAUAUAUGCUAUAUGCUAAUCAUCAGCCAAAAUUUUUUUUACAGUUUAUCAAUUUAUCAAUAUUUAUUAUUUGGAACUUGAAAAUGGCGCCAAGAUGACACCGAACGAAACGUCGUUCGUUCUUAUCUGCGUUAUUUUUUACUUGUUUCUGAACAAAAAAACAUUUAAGCGGAAGGUUGUUAAAAUCUCCUCGUGGUGUGUCGUUUUGUUGUUUGUCAUUUGCGUAUUUCUUGUAUUCUUCUACAGGCGUCUGGUAGAGUAAAAUGGCCGACUGUUGACGCUUCCUACUAUGGGGGUGGAGGAGCUGGUGGAAUUGUUCCAGUCAGAGUAAGUAUUAGAGUGUCUAGGGAGAUUAUCAGCAUGUCUUUGGCGCGGGUAGCGUUUUUCCCCAAGGCAUGAGGAAGAGGCCUUGAUGUCGUGCUUAAUGGGCAGUCAUCUUUGUUUCAGAUGUACCGAGGGAGGGGCGGGGGGAGUCGUUGGGGUGUACAUUUGAAACAAAAACUGCCGCCGAUUAUAGUAACUGCUGGAUCACGACGAGCCUACAGGAAGUAGGAGACAGUCUAGUAAUACUUAAACAAAGUUUUAUAAACCAAGCAGUUUCCGUUCAAAAUUGUAGGUAGAUUGGGGAGACAAAGGUUCAACUGAGGCAGGAGCGAGGCUGGCAAAGGCUAAGGUAAACUAUUCUUUUUUAAUUGUACAUGAUAAAUAACCGCUAUGUACUAGAAUUUUCCUCCACUUUCCGUACUGAUAUCUUACAGCCUCCAAUGGCAGAUAGGAAUUUGCUCCUGGUGAAAGAUGAACUAUGUCCAAUCGCAUCAUUUCUAAACUGGGUCCGACUAAGGUGUCAGCUUGCCCUUAUUUUUAAAUAUAAAAAGGAUGUAUGCACAUUUCCUCAACGAGAUUCAACCUGCUGGAACCUCUGUAACAAAAUGGGCUCAUCUUAUAGUGCAAUAUGGCACGUUUUUGCGAAGACAAAAUCGUGUUAUCAAGGAAUUUACCCACUAAGGUUAAUGGUUUCCCGCCCUUUCCCCACGUUCACGGCGUCUUUUGCGCGGGAAAAAAAAUAAUAGCUACAUCAGCAAUUGACUAUUUUAUUGUGGGUCCCCAAAAAACGGAGUAGGAGAUAAACAUCUCGAUUGCUACUAUGGUCGCUUUAUCUAGUUUCCAUACUUAUGAAUCUCCCACGGGUAGUUUAUCGCGGUUAGAAGCAAUGACAGCAGUUUUAUGUUACCCGAGGUGAGUGCUUUAUUCGGGGGACUUACAUGUAGAUGCGUACUUAAUAUCACCAAAACUGUUGUUUUUAUACACCUAAUUCAAGAAAGGUUGCUUUGGUAAUUUGUCAUUUGGGCAUACGGAACUCACUUCAAUGAUUUGCUUGAGUGUCCUCCAAACAAUAACUUUCCAUGGCCCAAUUCGCCAGUGCCUGAAGCAACCUUUAUUGAAUCAGGUAUACAUAACUCUUAUUUUGUUUGUAUUUGUAGCCAAGAUUGAUAAACGAUACUGACGAUAAUGAAGCCUUAGUAAGUUCACCUUCCAAGAGAUCUAGAUCACCGACACCAGGAUGUUGGACGGCCGCUAAGGUAAAAGGCCUAAGUCUGUUCACUCCAUAUUUCCUCUAACAUCUUGACUGAGAAUUAUAUUGACAUGCUGGAGCAUUGCCAGCUGAUUGCUCCCUUAACAAGGGGAAGGAUGGGGGAGGGGGUGGUGGGGAGCAAGGGUGGCGCAGAGGUGAGAGCACUCGUCUGCCAUAUGUGGCCAGGGCUCGAAAAGUCCCGUCCCGUCUUGUGGGGUUAAGUGACCUUUAAAGCUCCUUGCCCAUGGGCAAUUGUCCAAACCAGUCAUCUUCUAACGAAAUCAUUAUCCAAGAGGACCAAAAAGUGGCCUUGGACAAGGAAAAUGUGAGAGCUACUUGCCCAAAGAACAAGCCGGAGUUCUAGGUUUUUUGUCGAGCCCUGUGUGGUUUGUGUUUGUUGUUGUUUCUCUCUUCUACCUCAAGAGAUUUUUGUCAGGUAGUCUUCUUUUUGUAGCUCCCAAAAAAGGGCAGACCUGCACCUAUUCCAAACAAGGUUUGUAAUUGGCUGGGAAAACGAGAGGGAUGGUGAUGUAACAAUGCCCCAAUCCCUGAAACGAUAGGUAGUGCAGGUUAUAGGGAGUAAUAAAAUAAGAGGUUUGGAAGGGUGCUGGUCAAUCGAAAGAAAAAAAAACAGUACUUCGAAAUUCCAAUUCGAUCUGGAACGCACGUGUACUAUCAAGCGAGUUCUUGCGAACUAAGUGUUUCUUGGAUAGAAAGAAAUUUACAAUUUACAAUCUUUUGUUUUACAAUUUCCUUUUUCUUAGGUAUAUAACUUUACGUUGCACCGAUUGUUGAUUACAUGAUAUAUAAGCAAGCAAACAUUUCCUUGAGAUUUUUUCUUUUCUUUUUGGUUUCCGAGAUCCAGGAAGAAUAAAUACGUGCAAUCUUGCGGCAGAAAUGAGCCCCUAAAGCCAGUUUCACGUCCUGGCCUCACAACAGGGGAAAAAGGAGGCUUUCGUUUUGUUUUAAAUGUGAUUGAUCGAAGUUUCGUCCGCCUCAUUUUCCCUUUCUUGCGUUCAUGAUAAAGACACGAUGCGCAUAGCGGAAAAUUCCAAAAAUGAAAUGACAUUUCGUGGCGCGAAUAAUCAUUAACUUGGAUGAAUGCAUUUGUUUCUAGAUCAAAGUUCUUGCUGGAGUGGAUGCUAUGUCAGAAGGUUAUAGGAAAGUGGCUUCACACCGGCCUCGUCCAGGAGGAAACGUACGUUUUUCUUUUCUUUUCUUUCUUUGAUUAAAAAAAAAUAAUAAUGAAAAUAAAUCAACAAGUCAUGCCUACUGUGCCUUGUUUCACCUUGACCCGUACUAGUUACCUGUUUAACCGGGUGUUAUGAUAGACACACCCUCUAAAUCAAAGCGCGGUGUAAACUGCAAAACUUUUGUAACGACCGCUCGAACUUUUACCCAGCGUCUUGCGUUGAGCGUUAUAGGUGCAAAUGCACGAUUGUAAUUAACUCUGGAAAUCUAAAUGCAAAUAAUUCAUAUGUAAGUUCUAAAAACUACCAUCCGCUUCCUCAGCGCUUUCUCAAGUUGUAAACGUACUGUUAAGUGAAAAAUAUCCUCAGGGACAAAAUCUUCUAACCAGCACUUAGCGGGUUCCUCUUCUCCUAAUCGUAGAAUGAACUUCUUCGACACAGUCGUCUUGUUCUUUCGAUUGCUCAAGCCACUUUGCCUGCGAUUACUUAGUCCUCUUGUAAACUUUGAUCUAAACUCAUCGUUCGAGAAUAGCUCAUUGGCGCUGACCAAACUGUCCACGGGCCCUCCGAGGUAGCGCUCGUCACUAGCCCCCCUCGCUGUAGCGAGAAAAAGUUUGCGACGACGAAUACCUGCGAGUCACUGGGAAUGAGACUCAUUAACGCUGACGUAAGCAUUUGACAAUGGUAGACUCUCAGAUAUCGCAACGAAGGGCAGUUUGUUAUGAAUCUUCCGAGGGCGCUGUUUGUUACUUCACUGCUAUAGCUGAGAUCCAAUACUUCUAAAAAAGAGCAGGGGUUUUGAGUCAUCGCAUUCAGGACAUCGUCUGUGAUUGCGUGACCAUACCUGUUUGGAAUAGAGUAGCUGUUGUUGUUACAGUUGUCUCUGGCCAAUCACUUUUUUUGUUUUUCAAGGCCUACCAAAAAGGUCAUUUUCAGUGUAAACGCAGUUAGCGGUGCAGAAUGCUUUAGGAUUCUAGUCGUACUCGAGACUUCAAAACUGUUAAAAUACCGCAAAAUUCCGAAAAUAAGCCCCGGGGCUUAUAUUUUUCGAAGGCCCUCUUCGAGGGACUUAUUUUUGGAGGGGCUUAUAUUCGGAGGGGCUUAUCUACGGAGGGAAAUUUGCGUUUUAAAAUCGAUUGGGCUAGCCUUAUAUUUGGAAGUAAAUUUACCGUUUUUGCUUUGUUUUACUUUGUAUUUAAGGGCAAUUUUUCAAGUACAAUCCCCCGGGGACUUAUAUUUGGAGGGGCGAUUUAAUGGAGGGUUUUUUGCGUUACCGGUUUGGGGGGCUUAUAUUUGGAAGGGCUUAUACAUGAAGGGACUUAUUUUCGGAAUUUUACGGUAAACAAUACCAUCGUCGAAGGUUCAUGUUGCAGAGGGCCCAUACAGAGACCUUGAAGCAUAUUUUGCAUUGUUGGGGCCAGCUUACGCUACGCGCAAGCUCAACGACUACCUAAAGGCGCUAUAGCUUAUUCAGGAGGAUCCCCCGUUUGGCCAUAGCCCAGCCAGCCCCAUAGCUUCGUGGACCCUGCCAUAAGAGUCUUCGCAACUCUCCGUCACAAGUAUGCCUUUGUGCCACUCUCCCUCUCAAAGGAUUGUAACCCACCAGGGCCAGAGGCUACAGCGCGUUGUCCACAAUUACAUGCCAGUACAGUUCAAUGCAGUUGUAGCUUCAUGGUUUUGAUGAUCUAGAGGUGGCAUAAAUUAAACCAUUACUAGAUUAGUUACUUGGUUGUACCCCCAACCUACCCACAACAGCAGAGUCGCAGAUAACGGAGAAACCGACAGCGUCGUAACAUGAAUUUUAAACCGUGUUCAGUCAGGUGUCUGCACCAAGAUAAGUCUACUUCUGAAAUUACCGACUUCUCCCAGCGAACGGACGUAACAGCGUUGUCCGAAACAUUCGUGCCAUCGAGCACCAGUGACGUCAGUGAUGAGCAGUUAUCGAUUAGCUUCGGAAGGCUCUCACCCUGAAUGUUGUUGCAUCUUCGGAGACAGAGUGAUUUAAGAUUCCUGUGAAUAAGAUUUUUCAAGAUUCGUAUUAAACAAUGCCUGUCUUGCAAUGACCUCUCCUAUUACAUAGGCCUAAGAUUGCGCAAAUUUAGCAAGUUUUCACGCUUAGACCUAGUUUUCAGAUUACUUAUAACACAGCAGCAGAGCGAAAGGAAAUAGCUUCUCGCUGUUAAUUAACGUUGCAUCUCGUUUUCGUUUGAUUGACUUAAACAUCCCGCCUUCAGUUAAUUCUUAAUGGCAGUCAAAUCUCUGUUCCCAACCAAAAUCUUGGGUAGUGAUGGGGAAAAUGUUCUCGUUCAUCCCAAAUUCUUUACCUGCAGUAUUCUGCGAUGUAACGCACCAUUUGAUCUGUGAGUGAAGAACAGUAACUGAACUCAAGUAUUCUCACAGCUUGUAGCGAGACAAAAACCCGUCGUUUUUCCACUUCCAACUCUAGGCUGUCAAAUAAUGGAUCACUAACCCCAAGGCACUUUACUGUUUGUAGACGUUGGGACAUGACUUUAAAGGCACAUGGGUGUCCAGAGCUGUGGCGUAUAUCCAAUUUUGAAAGGUUGUCCGGGAACGAUGUCUCCUAGAACAAAUACAAAUAGCUUACAAAUUGUUUUGUCCUAACUCUCUUGUAAUCAUUUGUGCUGAUCCAAUACAUGAGCCAGAAAUUAACAGCAAAUAAAGCGCGUCACUCGCCUGCUGUGCGGGAGAUUGCGUGGUGAAAGCCAGGCGACAAUCAACCACGAUCGCUGUUGUUGUUUUCUUUUUAAGAGAAAUACUUGUAAGAUAUUUCUCGCUUUGAUAUUUGUAAAUGUCGCUGUAAACAGUUGCUAUUUAUAGAACCCAGCUGAGGCAAACAAAUUAUAAUUAACAUUAGCGAAUUCCUCACUUUUGUCAUUGAAAUGAAAUAUCAUCCUUACAUGUCAGGUAGGAGGGGAAAUAAAAGGACUCCUGACGUUGUUCCAAAAGUGAGGGGAUUGAAAACCCUGGUGUCAUGGUUUAUCUCACUUGUGCCGUGACUGGUCUGGGUGGGCGAGGUGGGAACAAACAAGUGCUGAAGCGACACCAAAGUGCAUCUUUUUUGUGCUGUCACGUCCGAUAUUACCUCUUUGGUAAAAGCGCACUUGAGCUAUCGAAGCCUGCACGGUGGGAAGCUUAUCUCGGUUUCAGUAGCAUGAAAGACCAAGGUGUAUUGGUAUAUUGCUGCAUUGCUGCCCCCCUCCCCCACCCCUCCUUUCCCCUCCCUAAUAGGGUUACCCCCAGCAGUGUGGUGUGUCGCCGGUACCCAUACAUGCACCUGUUCCGAGUGAAAAGAGUCAAAGUUCUUGUCUAAGGAAACAACGCAAGAACAAGACAUGAAUCCGGACCUAUACACAUCCUAAGUUCGAGUUGUCAACCUCUUAUCCGCCGCGUUGUUUCCUCCGUCAUUCAACCACUCGUUACGAGGAAAAAAUUGGCACGGUCUUCUUUUCUUUUUCAUUUUUCUUUCUUUUUGGUGUUUCUACCCCUUACUACUCACCUUGCCCGUGAAGUCUUCAACAAAUGUUGUGGACUCUAAACAGAGCACUCUUAGUUUAGGGCAAUUCUCCACUAGAACGUGAAAAACCCUUGGCGACAACGUAAACCCUCCAAGGUUAAGCUUGUAUAGCAUUGGCACCAUCCGAGAGCGAAUUACCUUGAUAAGGCACGUUUCAUUGAGUUUGUGAAACCGUUUAAGAUUCACUGACUUCCACAGUGAACUGUCAUACGCGAUCAACCUCCAUCUUCGGCAGACCUGGGCAAUGUGGCACAAGUCUGUCUCGCUGAGACAUCGAAAAAUUAAUAGCAAAAUAGUGUCGGGGAACUCUUGGAUAUGCAUUUUUUAAGAGGAAGUAAAAGGAUAAAAUCCGACAGUCGCCAUGUCUGUGCGUAUUAGAACGCGCGCAAUCAUUUGUUACGUCAGUUAAUUGAUUAUGCAUCGGAUCAACCAUCUUGACAACGGAGCUCGAUACAGGUUCGUCGAGCUCCACAUGUCCACCGAGCUCGAUCAACAAUCUACCCCGGGAAACCGUGCUCGAUUUGUUGUAACUAGUAUGAUCCUAACCGCGCUGGAAUCUACUCGUACUCGGUCUCCAUAGGCCGUGCUGGACUAGUAAUCGACAUCGUCCUAACUGAAUCGAGCACGACAAGAAUCGAGCUCUCGUUUACUCUUUCUUUCUUUUAACUUUUAGUUCUUUUGUAUAUUUACAUUGUGAACGAGUUUUCUUCGUAAAACGGAAAAACACCAAACAAAAGUUGUCAGUUUUCGUUGAAUGCUGUUUAUUGCUGUUUCUACUUAGUUGACGCUACAUGUACAUCUUAGAAAAACUCUUUUUAAUCGUCCGUCGUCGUCUGCUACUGUUUAUAAAUAUACCUUGCAUACAGCUUUGACUUUUCUAAACAAGUGUUCUUAAAAUACCCGCCCAUCGCUUGCUCCGAAUCGGCAGCUUCAUUAAUCAAUCUUGUUUGUUUUGUUUCAGUGGCUGUAUUCUUCAGAUCCUGAAGUUUGAUUCCCCUGUUUUGCGUCAGGAACAGACAAACAAUGACUUUUAAUUUUUGUACUGCAAUUUUGUAAAGCAAUUCUGAGGUGGUUUCGCAAAGUUCGAUAAAGUGAUGGACAAAACUAAAGAAUAGGUAUACUUUCUCUUUAGUUCCUGCAUAUUCCCUUACUUUGACUUGCGCUGUUAUAGUUCUCGCCGUUCAACAAGAUAUCCCUAUUUAUAACAGUAUUUUUUUACUUGAUACAAACUGGCUUUUUUUUAAUGAAUACAUACAUAAAUUAAUAAAUACACAAAUAAAUAAGCCUUUAGUAAACGAGAACGAGAAUUGACGAGUUUAGUUUCAGUGUACGUUUAGGAAUAGGUUAGUGUGGUACUAAGUCAUCAAAUUAUUGCAAGUUGCAAUGUCUGUAUAAUACAUGUUUUUAGUAAAUAUGACGAGAAUGGCA